AUGACCAAGUCGUGCCUCGCGUUUGUCCGAUUUCUGCAAAGCGCCGUGCUGCUGAUGGCGAUAGUGUCCCUCUUUGGCAUCUUCAAGCCAGUGCCAACUGUUGGGAAGCCAUCGCUAGUUCUCGGGUCCUCCUACGCCAUCAUUGCAGCCAUGCUACUGACCAGCGGUGCGGCCAUCUACAGCGGCGUCAUGUGUGCGCUUGAGUAUCGCUCUGCCAAUAUGAGCAUUAAGAUGCAAAUGAUGGCGGACUGUGCACUGACGAUGACGAUGAUCGCCCUGGCGUUGGUGUUCUUGACCAGCGACGACCUGUGGCGCUGCACUGAAAGCAUCAAUGUCCGCUGCGAGUGCAUCUGGGCAGCGGUUAUAUUCUUCAUUGUCAGCUUCUGUUUGUACUCAGCAUCCGUAGGCGUGGGGGCUGAAAACCUGGACUAA